GGCGGGGCAGCGCGCGGGGAGGGGGGAGAGCAUCAUUGUGGGGUUCGCUGCGGAACAGAGAAGACAGACACGCGCGUCCUCCUCACGAACCCACAGCGGCUUGUUUUCAGGCCCAGCUGCAACAGCCCUGACCAUGACAAAAGAGGAGAACCUGGAGGUGCAGGAGAAGGAGAGGCACGACCACGAGGAGCAGGAGGAGGGAAGAGCCCAGAAGGAGGAGGAGGAGGCGCUCACGGAGGAGGAGGAAGACGAGGAGGAGGAAGAAGAGGAGGAGUACGAGUUAGAGGAAGAGAGGGAGGAGCAGGAGAGAGCCGAGGUGGACGAAGACGAGGCAGAUGGACAGGAAGAGGAGCGAGAGGAAGAGGAGGAGGAGCCUCCUGCUGAGCAGGAACCCGAGCCGCCGUCUGUAACUGAGUUCCAGAGUCCGGUCCACGAGCCCCGGCGCCGAGCCAUGGUGCACCCGUCUGCGCAGGCGCCACUGCCUAAGGACUACGCUUUCACCUUCUUUGACCCAAACGACCCGGCCUGUUUAGAGAUCCUCAUGGACCCUCAGACCACCAUCCCAGAGCUGUUCGCCAUCGUCCGUCAGUGGGUUCCUCAAGUCCAACACAAAAUCGACAUCAUUGGCAAAGAGAUCCUGAAGCGAGGUUGCCACGUGAACGACCGCGACGGUUUGACCGACAUGACGCUGCUUCACUACAGCUGCAAAGCUGGAGCUCAUGGAGUCGGUGACCCGGCGGCGGCUCUGCGCCUCUCCAGUCAGCUGAUCUCCCUGGGUGCCGACGUGAGUCUGAGGAGCCGCUGGACCAACAUGAACGCCCUUCACUACGCCGCGUACUUUGACGUGCCGGAGCUGAUCCGCGUUCUGCUGAAAGCAGCUAAACCCAGAGUGCUGAACUCCACAUGCAGUGACUUCCACCAUGGAACUGCUCUGCACAUCGCUGCCUGCAACCUCUGCCUAGGAGCCGUCAAAUGUCUGCUGGAGCAUGGAGCCAAUCCCACCGUCCGGAACGAUAAAGGUCAGGUUCCGGGAGAGGUAGUUCCAGACCCGAUGGACAUGAGCCUGGACAAGGCCGAAGCGGCCAUGGUGGCCAAAGAGCUGAAGCAGCUGCUGCUGGACGCCGUCCCGCUCAGCUGCAACCUGCCCAAAGCCACGCUUCCCAACUACGACAACAUCCCGGGAAACCUGAUGCUAGUUGCUUUGGGGCUGAAGCUGGGAGACCGCGUGGUGCUGGACGACAACAAGACGGGAACUUUGAGGUUCUGCGGAACAACUGAGUUCGCCAGCGGCCAGUGGGUCGGGGUGGAGCUGGACGAGCCAGAGGGAAAAAAUGAUGGCAGUGUUGGCGGCGUCCGUUACUUCAUCUGCCCUCCAAAGCUGGGCAUUUUCGCUCCUGUUUCAAAGAUUUCGAAGGCUGUAGUUCAGACACCAUCGUCCGUCACCUCCACCCCCAGAACCCCCCGCAUAGACCUGGCUUCACGCCUCGCCGGGAAGACCAAGAAGGAGAAGGAAAAGAAAGAAAAAGAAAGAGCCCAUAAGAAGAAGUCUUCAGCUGCCAGUCUGGAUCCUGAGGGAACAAACGUGGAGGUGGGGGAUCAGGUCCUGGUGGCCGGUCAGAAGAAUGGCAUUGUUCGCUUCUAUGGGAAAACAGACUUUGCUCCAGGUUACUGGUUUGGGAUCGAGCUGGACCAGCCCACAGGCAAACAUGACGGCUCUGUGUUUGGGGUGCGCUACUUCAGCUGUCUGCCCAAAUAUGGAGUCUUUGCUCCACCUUCCCGUGUGCAAAGAACCGGAGGCCCAAAAGACGGCUCACAGAACGACUCUACGGUGAAGAAGGUCCACCAGGUCACCAUGUCCCAACCCAAGAGGAACUUCAACACGAUGCGAUCUCCUAAAGAUCUGACAUCAGAGAACUCCUUAUCCAGGUUGCUGUUCUGCUGUUGGUUUCCGUGGAUGCUUCGCGCUGAGAUGCAGUCCUAAAGCCCCUCCUCUUCGUCCUGGACUCCGCCCUUUCUUCAUCCUCUCUCCGCCUUUGAACCUCCUCAGACUUUCACCGUCGUCAGUCAAACGUCUUGUGGUGAAAUGCCCCCCACUCCUCCCCCAGUCUGCCCCUCCCUCCACCUAUUUUAGCUGUUCUAUAGCAAAAUCUAUAGUGCCUUGUAUCUGAUGAAACGUCCUGCAUUCCUUUGAUUAUUGGAGAAUCACUUCGAGCAAAUCUUUCCUUGGAGCUCCGCCUCUCAUCGCUCCUGCUGGUUUGUGUCCUCUUUGUAUCUUUGUUUGAGCAGAAAAUCCCUUCUGGCUUCAGCAGUUUGUUGGUCGAGUCAGAACUCUUUGGUUUACAUGAUUUCAGCGAUUGCUGCAGGUUGUAAAGUGAAAUCAGGCGCAGAGUUUUGCAGCUUUUCCCCGUGUGUUUGUCCCUGUGUUGGACCCGCCUCUCACUUCAGAGGAGCAUGUAGGGCCGAACGUCCACGUUCUGUCCUCAGCACCGGUCUGACGUCGCUUUCACCGCUUUCAUCCGCGACGGGAACAGGGUCAGCAGAACUAAUAUCAGGUUCACUGUAAGCAAAGUGGAAUUUCUGUUAAAUGUUUAAGAAAACUUUGUACAAAAAACAAAAAAACACAUUUACUAUAAAUUGUGGCCAGUAUUAUUUGAAACCCAAAUAAAACAAAGAAAGAAAAAUUGCUGUUUGGCCAAAAAAUUAU